AUGGUGACCCAUCCCGCCCAUAUCGUGGCCUCGUCGAAGCGCACAUCCCUCGAGUCUACAGGUGAAUCUGAAGCUUCCUUGACCCGCCACGCUCGAGAGCAUGGCCACCGUGGGCAUCGUGAGGAGGACCUAGAAGCCCAGAACUCGGUUGUCAUUGAAAGUCUUCACCCUCAUAUCCGCAUCCGGGAGAGUACGGAACACAAUCACAAUCACCAUGAAGGAGACGCGGGACCGCACUCGCCGAACCUUCAUCGCAGCGAAACCGGUGCUUCGAUAAAGUCACUGCGGAGGAGAGGGCGGCAAGAAACCGCCAAUGUCAUAUAUGGAGCGGGGGAAAUGGGCAGAACAACGGGUUGGACACCAGGGCAAGAGCCAGGAAUAGACACGAGCGACCCAGCUCCUCCCUACAGCUUGGGUGCUGCAACGCCUGCAGAUGCUGCGCAUCUGGAGGAAGAGCUGAAUCAACGGUGUGAAAUUACAGUGGUAGACUUCAGCGACGAGCUCGUCUCCACGACGGAUCUGGACAAUGACAACCUCGAAGAAUUUCUUCAGAAAGGUCCCCAGGAGUGGGCCGACGUCCGGUGGAUCAAUGUCAAUGGCCUCUCUUGGGACGUGAUUCGGAUACUGGGGAACCACAAACGCCUCCACCGGCUUGCCAUUGAGGAUUUAUUCAACACCAAGAAUCGGACAAAGGUCGAUUGGUACAGUGACCACACCUACAUGAUCCUUCCCCUACAAAAGCUUAUCUACCUCGAAGAGAAUGAGUCCGACUAUGGGUCUGAUGCCGAUGAUCACGACGACUCCAAGUCUGCUGAUGCUGAGUCCGAAUUUCGGACCAGGAUCAUUUCAGAACGCCAGAGAAGACGCCGGCAGCGGAAACGGAGAAAAGGCGCCAUCCUCUCUCUGAUUGAGGAUCUGCGAAGACCUUUGCAUAAGCGGAAUAAGAAGAAGCAGCCGCCCGGACAUCCAGACAUCAUAGGUGACGGCCUCCAACCCUCCAACAGCUUCAGACAUUCGAGCAAAGUGGAAACACCAUGGGCGCCUAGGGAAAUCCGCACUAUGCAGCGCUACCACGCAGGGCCAAAUCAAGACCGCAUUGAAUACAUGGAGCGCCACGCCGUACUUGCGCACUUUGGUAUCGGUGUCUCUAUGGAACAGGUCUCUAUUUUCCUGUGUGCGGACAAUACCGUCAUCUCCUUUUUCGAGUACUCUGCGCACGAUGUCCAGACACCUAUUAUCCGACGAUUGCAGUCCCCCGGGACGAUUCUCCGCCAGUGCUCUGACGCUAGUAUGCUCUGUCAGGCGAUCCUCGAUGCCAUUAUUGAUCUUGCCAUCCCUGUGACAGCGGCUUAUCAAGACGCAAUAGGGGAUUUGGAACUCAACGUCCUCACCGAUCCGAACAUCCAUCAAUCCGCCACCUUGUACAUUUUGACAUCUGAGAUCGCCAUCCUACGCAACGCGAUCGCUCCAGUGGUGCAACUGAUCGGCGCACUCAAGGACCACAAAACCAGCGCCCAGCCUGUAACGGUACCCCAUUCGCGCAUUGCUAGUCCCGCUGUGCUCGACCAACAGGAUAAGGACCCUAUGAACAAACCUUCGGCGUAUCGGGCCCAAAGCAAUGGCCUCCGAAAGCAGUACAGUGCUCCGCCAUUGAUGAGCGGCGUAGAAAUCUCCCCUCUUACAAUCACCUACUUAGGCGACGUCGAGGACCAUGCGCUCCUCAUUCAGGACGGCUAUGACCAGAUGCGCCGCAACGCCGACAACCUCGUCGACCUAAUUUUCAACACCGUCUCCGCGUAUCAAAACGAGUCCAUGAAGCAACUCACCAUAGUAACCUGCUUUUUCCUGCCACUGACCUUCUUGACCGGGUAUUUCGGACAGAACUUUGCGCAUUUCGCAGGCGUGGAGGACCACAGUGACGCGUUCUUCUGGGUCAUUGCGACGCCCGUGUCGGUGGUGGUGUUCUUGUUGCUGAUGAGGGAUGUCAUGAUUCGCUGGCUGGGGCGAUGGGCGAAUAAAGCGUUGAUUGCGAGAGGAAGAAGGAGGCGGUUAGCACAGAGUGGGCACCAGGAAUGA